CAAAUAAAGGGAGAAAAGAGAAACAUUGAAUUAGAAUGAAUGGUCUGAAAUAAUUUAUCAGAGUCACCGUAACGGCGGCGAUGGCGCCGAAGUUGUUAACCUCUAAACGACGGAGAGAAGCAGAAAAGCAUGGACGAGUCACCGAUCGGAUGAGUAGCUUACCGGAUUCUGUACUGUGCCACAUCCUAUCCUUCCUCCCAACCAAAACAUCUGUAGCUACCAUGACUCUCGUGUCUCGCAAGUGGCGUCACCUAUGGCAGCGUCUGCAGGUUUUCGACUUCGCCGACGACUCGAACCACAGUGUCAGAGGGUCAAAAAAGUUCGAAAAAUUUGCGUUGUUCGUGAAUGCUGUGCUCGGCUCCCGCAAAUCCCGCGACAUUAGAAAGUUUCAACUCAAUUGCUUCAUCUCUACGUCUCAACAUGUUUGUGAGUUUCGUCGUCACUGCGCCAAUAGAUGGAUCCGUGCUGCCAUUAACCCCAGCCUUGAAGAACUGUCUCUCUCCAUUACCGACUACUGUUGGGAUUCGAACUUGCUCCUCCCUCGUUCGCUUUUGAAUUGCACCAAUCUUGUUUCCCUCAGUCUUGUUGGUGCAAUCAAAAUGAAUGUUCAAGGUUUUGAGCUUCAUUUUCCAUCACUUAAGUCACUCAAACUCGGUUCUGAUAUUGUUGAUUCCGAAUUUCUAUUGCUCUCUGCCUGCCCCAUCCUUGAAACUCUGCAGCAUGUUUGCUUUGUGCCCAAAACUUGUACCGAAGUUCCCUUGCCACCUUCCUCCGAGAGGUUGAAUUUCACCCACGGGAGUUUCUCUUGGAGUUUUCUUGAAGCAGGUUAUUACUGCAAUGGUUACCGUGGUAAGGGCAGCAAAACUUCAUUUGGCGACAUUGGCAAUGCUUACCUUGAUAGUACCAGCAAAACUACAUUUGGCAUCAUUGGCAACUUGCAGAGUAUGGUGAACGCAUGCAUUGACUUCUUUCCCUCACAAGGAAGUGAAUUCGUCGACCCAAUUCUCAACUGCCUCCAAGACCCCCUUAAUGUGUUACAUAUACAGUUGCGUCAUUCGAUAUCAAAGCAGUGCGCACUUCGCCCUCAGAUUCUAAAUUAUCCUGAAUUUCGCAAUUUGGUUCAUCUAAAGUUCAUUCUUCCCUGUUUCAACUCAAAUCUUCUAGUCAAUGUGCUUGACAAGUGUCAUAUGAUUCAAGUUUUAAUAAUCCAGAACAACAAGGAGGAACAACCACCUUUAAGGACAUGGGACCCAAACUCAACAACAGUUCCUAAGGGUCUCAAAUUCCACCUAAAAUAUAUUCACAUCGAAGGAUAUCAAGGAUUUGAAGAUGAGUUGACAUUUGCUGAAUAUAUUUUGCAGAACGGCUUUGUUUUGGAGACCAUGCUUAUUUUUGUUGAUACUUCAAUGGAACAAACAAAUAAGUACUGUUCUCUCAAAAGAUUAAAUGACAUACCCAGGAGAUCCAGCAAGUGCCAACUUAAAUUUGACCCAGCUGUAUCUUCUUAAGUGCAUAUAUUUGGAGUGGCAUGAUUUCGGAUGCUGGCAAAAUCAUGUUUGGUCAAAUACUUGGGGCUUCAUUAAAAAGAUGACACUAAUAUGAUAUCAACACAUAUAAAUAUGUAUUUUGCAUUUCAGUUAGUUAGGUUUUUUGGUUGGCUAAUAUCAAAACAUGGUAUGUAAAAGGUCAUACCAAUUUCGUUGAAAAUCAUUGGAAAAUCUCACUCAUCAUCUUUAAAUAUGGGAUUUUGUUGGAAUCACUUGUUUAGAGUGGCUAUUCAUUUGUGGCUUACUUAUCUAUGUUUGAUCACAAGAAUUUGAUUUUCUUUCCCGAACCUGAGCCUCCUUGUUCAUAAAAAUCAACAAAGCUUUAAACAUUAAU